AUGUCUACAAAAAUAUUUUAUCUUGGCAUUACAUUUAUGUUUCUUAUUCUACUUAGUAAUAUGUCACACAUGGUAGAAGCUCAAUAUGGUCUUGGACAAGCUUGCAAAUGGUUAAAAGGAAAAACAGGCUGGGGUUGUGACGAUCAAAUAAGUCGUGGCGUUUGGCGUAAACUUAAUGGUGUAAGCAGUUGUAAUGAUUUUUGUCGUAAACGUUCAGGUAGACGAGGUGGUCAUUGUGUUUCAAAUGGUAACUAUGAUAUAAGUACAUGGUGUCCUAGAGGUCAAACAUGUCGAUGUUAUUAG